AUGUUUGAAUGUAAACUUGAUGGCAUGUUUCUUAGACGUCUUUUUGAGUCCUUGAAGGAAAUCUGCAGCGACGUCAGUAUAGACUGUUCAGACGAAGGUCUAACCAUGCAGGCCAUGGAUAACUCACACAUUUCUCUAAUUCAUUUAAAAUUAGCGCCAGAUUUCUUUCACCUAUAUCGUUGCGACUUGCCGUGCACACUCGGCAUUAAUAUAUCGUUUAUGCUGAAAAUUCUAUCAGUGGUCAAGGAGAAAUCCCUGAUUUACUUAUCAAGGGGGGAUAUGUCAGAGGAUCCGGUGCUCAAUAUAAGAAUAAUUGAGGAUGUUGGCGCCAAUUUGACUCUAGAAUCCGACUCUCUGGAGGCACAAGUUAAACUGAUUGAAGUUGAUAGGGAGCACCUUGAAAUCCCGUCCUGCGAUUACUCCUGCAAGUGUGUCAUGAACUCUAAGAAGUUCCAGGAAUUUGCCAAGUACCUGCACUCGAUCGGGGAAACUGUGACCAUAAGCAUGUCAGAGAACGAGAUGAGACUGGAAACGGAAGGAGAAGGAAUAAGAGCGAGCAAGAGGUUCCACUCGGACGUGGGCGAGGUGCGAGUAACGAGCAUCGAGAACCUGUCUCAAAUAUUCGCAACUCGGUACCUGGUCUUAUUCUCUAAGGCAACUAAUUUGGCGGAGCAGGUCUCAAUAAACCUAUCGGCAGGAAUACCAUUGUCGGUGAAGUUCGGGUUCAGUGACGAGGAGGACACGAGUUUCAUAAAUUUCUACCUAGCACCAAACAUAGAGGAAUAA